UUUUUUGUAACGAACACAUUUCUUCACACUUUUAGGUUAGAUUAAACAGCAACAAUUCAUUGACAGAUAACCUAACCUCAAUAUGGCUGUAACAUUACACACCGAUUUAGGAACGAUAAAGUUAGAAUUGUUUUGCGAAGCUUGCCCGAAAGCAUGCGAAAAUUUCCUAGCUUUGUGUGCGAGUGAUUAUUACAACGGAUCCGUAUUUCAUAGAAACAUUAAAGGGUUUAUUGUACAAACGGGGGAUCCUACAGGUACGGGGAAAGGUGGAAGUUCAAUUUGGGGUGGAAAAUUUGAGGAUGAAUUUAAAGAAGAAGUCAAACAUAAUGCGAGAGGGAUGGUUUCGAUGGCUAAUAAUGGCCCAAAUACAAAUGGGAGUCAAUUUUUUUUCACAUAUGGGCCUCACCCACAUUUAGAUUUAAAGUAUACUUUAUUUGGAAAAGUUAUUGAUGGUUUUGAUACUUUGGAUGAGUUAGAAAAGUUGCAAGUAAACCCAAAAAAUUAUAAACCGUUAAAAGAUGUUAAAAUAAAUAGUAUUACGAUCCAUGCUAAUCCAAUUGCUGAAACGGAUAAAUCAAGAUAGAAAUAAUUGAAAGAUGUGUUAUUUAU